CGUUACUUUGAUAUAUUCAAAACGACAUUGAACCUCUACAGUGUUACAAGCUGCAAAGAUUAAUACAGGUCGUUAGACCUUCUAUCCGUUUUACUGAAGAUUGAAGAAUGCCCGCUUUGGAUGAAACCAGUUAAGGUCGUGUGAAUGUGGUGGAUUUGAAAAGUAGUCGACACCUCAUGUUUGCUUUCAAGAAGAUCCCGCGUAAAAAAUCUCAGGAUCUUCACAAUGAAACUGACGUGACUAGUGAUCAGAAUAAGCAAAAACUUUUUGUCACUAUGUUUGAAUCCAAACGAGCUCAGAUGGUUGUAUACUUGUCAAGUAGACGUUUAUGUUCCUGCUUCAUUUUACUUGGUUGUGAUACACACCUCGCAAUUUUUGGUAAAGCAAGAUUUACUCACUUAUGUGGGCCAAUGAUCACCAUAUGGGGAGGAAAUAUAGGACCUAAUCCUUCCAGCUCAUAUGAUCUUUAUUCACCCACUUCACACACUCCAUUAUCUAUUACUCAAUGCCCACACGAGAAAUCGAAAGAUCUAAACAAAAAUGCAGCUCAGGGACUUCGAUCUUCCGAAAUCAAAGUUGCUCUAGAGAGUUUAUGUGAUCCAAGUGAUGUUCAAGUUUUGACAGAACGUCUUGGCAAAGAAAUGAGUGUCUUUCGGGACCAUGUGACUGUUUUACAUUUCAGUCCUCAUCGGAGUCGAGUCCUAAACUCACUUUCUGAAAUUAAACGGUUCCGUUUCUUGUUUCAUCUGCCAUCAGAAGGCACUGCACCAAAUGCCUCCUUAGCUAAGUUACUUGGAUUUACUUUUCUCGAGCAUGAUGGGAGCCUUGGAUAUCAGGUCGCACCAGAAGUUUCACAUAUUUCACUGAGACUUAGCUCUAUCCCCGUAGUUGAUUCAUGUGAUGAUUAUGUAAAGAAAUUACUAAUUUGUGGUCCGAAGGGUGCUGGAAAGUCAUCUCUACUGCGUUUUUUAUCAAACAUAAUCCUUACAGAUGUGGAAUAUCCUCUUAAAGAAAAGUGUGUUGCAGUUCUUGAUUGUGAUAUUGGGCAACCUGAAUUUACUCCGAAUGGAAUUAUAAGUUUGUGUCUAGUCAAAUUGCCAUUGUUUGGUCCACCGUAUACUCAUAUUUUAUCCACUAAUGUAAAUAUUCUCCGUCAGUGUUUUGUCGGUUGCAUUACACCCUCUGAUGAUCCCAGUUUCUACUUGAAAUGUCUCAACUUUGUAUAUGAUGCCUACGUUAACUUACCUGAACCAAAGCCGCGUUUACUAGUCAAUACAAUGGGCUGGAUGCAAGGGCUUGGAUUAACACUGCUGUUAGAACAAAUACUCUUAAUUAAACCAGACCUAAUCAUUCAGCUUCGUACAACGGGAUCUUCAAAUAAUCGUACAAACUCUCCAGAUCUUAAUAGUAGUUCAUUAAAAACUAUGGACACCUGGAAUUCACGGGACAUUUCCAACGAAACAUUUAAUCAUGAUGUGCUUCUUAUAGAAUCUGACGUCAAAUUGUACAAGUAUAAUACAAUAGAUGACCCACGAUACACUCUUGGUCCUCCUGAUCAUCGCGAUUUAAUGAUGCUGACUUAUUUUAUGUCCACUUUGGCUUUUGCAUAUACUAGCUUACCUUCUAGACUAAAAGAUGAACCUCUUGGACAUCCAGUAGCACAUUUGCUGGAUUGUAUCCCUUACCAAGUUCCAGUUACUGUUCCAUCUAAACAACAAGAUAAAUGUGGAAACGUAAAUGAACAAAAAAAUGUCAUACUCAGUAGCUCUGUUUCUACAUUUGAUGUUCAGCACGACACAUUAGAAAUUGAUUCGUUAUACACUAAUAAGAAUGAUUCAAAUCAUUUGGCCUUUCGGAUAAUGCGCCCAGAUUCUAAUCUAUUUGCAGAAAAUUUUGCUUUUCCAUCAAGUGUCGAUAGUUUAUUAGCUUGUUUAAAUGCCACCCUAGUUGCCCUUUGCGUUGUACCACAACAUAAUAUAACCGAACCAGAUUGUACUUGCAUGUAUCGUUGGAUAUCAUCUAAUCCAGUUUGUGAAUGUGUAGGUCUAGCCAUUUGUCGCGCUGUUGAUCCUACUGCUGGUGUAAUUUAUUUAACGACUGGUGUUUCGCAGGAUGAUUUGUUAAAAGUGACAGGAAUUCUGCGUGGUAAUGUCAACUUACCUAAUUGUUUUUUCCUAGAUCAGGUAUAAAUGUACAAAUGUUUUGCAUCUUAUAAUUCCCGUUUUAAAAAGACUUAUUUUCAUAACUUUAAAACGUAUUCAGUUGCUUGCUUACAUCAUUGUUUAAGCAAAUAGAAAGCUUAUGGGGUAUCGUCCUGCAAACCUAAUAAUCAAUCUGUGAAAAUAUGUUGUUCUUUCAUCUCGUGAUUCCACGUUGCAUCUAGUAUCCUUAACUGCGACAUUCAUUAUCAGUACAUUGUGUUACGUAUUAUGCAGGUAGUUCACUCUCACUUCUGAAAACAUUUCGAAAGCGAAAUAUUCAGGAAAAUGUCAAUCAUUAGAUUUCUCUAGUAGUCCCACUCAUACAAAAGACUAUAUUUUGAUCUCCACAUUAAUAAAUGUGCUUAUGGGCUUAGAAACUAAUUUAUCUUCUAACACACACUCGUCUACCAGGAUUAUUAUUUCCUAACUUUAAUUGAUAUCGUAUGUAUCAGCCAUCAUAAAUUUCAACUUGUUGGCCUGAUGUUAAGUGGAUGGAGUUAGUCAGUAGUAACUUGAGAAAUGUCUACCGUUUGUUUUGCUAUUCUCGCAUUUCUCAUUCACCACCUGGGUUGUUAUCUCUUAUAUAUACAUAAUACUAUGGAGUCAUUCCUUACUGCUUACCUUUGAUUUUUCUAUUCAAAGAAUGUAAAUACUUACGCGACAAAAUGAUUCCUAUAAUAUUAGACUUGCCAAAUACUCAUUAAUGUGUAACCAGUACCUUUUGAAAUACUGUAUAAUAUAUUAUGCACCAUGUUUUUUCCUUCCCAAAUGAUAUGUAUAUCUUUUGGUUCUUUUGUUUGUAGUUUAGGUAACAGGUCGCACAUAAAAUCAAGUGAUAAUCUAUGAGUAUUAUUUUUUUAGCAAGAUAAUAUAUUCUACGUUAGUAGUAAUUCUUUACAUAUUUCAAAUUAAUAGUUUGCGUUUUUUCUGUCUUGGAUGUUUUAUCUCAUGUCAUCGUGCCACAUGAUACUAUUAUGAAAUGAAUCACCACAUCCUUUCAUGUUCCAUUUCUAGCCUUUCUUUCGGACUCAAGUUUAUGAAGAAACUUCAUCCUUCCUCCCCUACUUGGGUCCAGUCAGUACACAGGGAAAAGGACGUGCAGGUUUACCAUCCAGGCGUUCUUACCCUAAAACAAUGCAUCACGCCACUCAUCGUAUGGGCACUUCAGAUGUCAUGGACUAACUUUGUAUUUAUGCACUCAAAUUAAUCCUGCAAAACCUCCUUAUGUAAAGAUUUCACGUGUGUCUUUUCACCCGAAUAGCUUCAACCUGUUGUUGGUUUCUCUUUGACUACUUUUUAUACCGAAUACAAUUUCAUUAAUAAUUC